UACGCAGGCGCACCCAUGUUGCGUCAUACGUAUUAAGACCCGCAUGUGGGGGCCGGAGGGAUAAGGGGAAGGUUGCUUUUAAACAUUGGUACUGCCUGGUGAUAACAGGGUCUUGGCAUUGAGAAGAGGAUGAUGGAUGCAGCUAUAAUUAGUUGGCUUCCUGUGAAAACUGUCUUGGUGGGAAUCAUAGUAUUCCUGUUGGUGAUGUCAUAUCUACAGAGGAAGAAGUACAAACUGCCGCCAGGACCUCCUCAUCUGCCGAUACUGGGACACUACUUUGCUUUUAGAAACGAAGGUCGACUGUACGCCGUCUUCAAUAAGCUCGGGAAGUCCUUUGAUGACAUUUUUACGGUGAAUUUAGGAUUUGGACGCUCUGUCGUUGUUCUAAAAUCUGCGGAUAUUGUUCAUGAGGCCUUUGUUGAGAAGAAAGAGAUAUUUGCGGGGAGAGAUGCUGAGAGCUGGAAGUUUGAGCUUAUCACUGACGGGUUCAAAGAUAUAACUUUCGCCAACUAUGGUCCAGUUUGGAGACUGCAGAGACAGAUGACUUUGAAGGCUCUCAGGACCUACUUGGCGGGAGAUAAAUUGGAAACAUACACGAGGUCUGCUUUUGAGGAAGUCGCAAACCUGAUUGAAAAGGAGACCGAGCCGUUUGAAUUAGACGUUUACAUCCGGUUACUUGUCUUCAACAUCAUCUGCAGGAUGGCGUUUGGAAAUAGCUACACAAUUGACAGUCUGGAAUUCACCUGGUUAAAGGACAAAAUUGACGAACUUUAUGAAAAACUAUUGGCAGGAUUCAUUCCCUCUGACGUCACCCCUGUUUUGAAAAAAUUUCCUAUCCCAUCAUCCCUCAUGGCAAAACAACUUAUAAAAUAUAUUUACAAAAUGCCUGUAAUCCGUUGA